AAUCUAAAAACAAAUUUAAGAAAUUGAGAUGCUUCAAUUAUUUAAUCUGUGGAAUGUGAAAAAACAGGAUUCGCUCAUUCGUUCCGAUCGAAGCCGAUCCGGAAGAAUUAGGGUUCAGAUUCGCGUUGCGUCAUGAAUGAAACGCUAGGGAAGCAGAUCAUCGAGCAGCAAUUGCUGACGGUGGCCAAGGCCGUCGAGGACAAGAUCGAUGAGGAGAUCGCGGCGCUGGAUCGGCUGGACCUCGACGACAUCGAAGCGCUGCGGGAGCGCAGGCUGCAGCAGAUGAAGAAGAUGGCCGAGAAGCGCAGCCAGUGGGUCUCCCUCGGCCAUGGCGAGUAUUCUGAGAUCUCCGAGAAGGACUUCUUCGCUGCCGUCAAGGCUAGUGACCGCGUCGUCUGCCAUUUCUACCGCGAUAACUGGCCUUGCAAGGUAAUGGACAAGCACCUGAGUAUUCUCGCAAAGCAACACAUAGAGUCACGCUUUAUCAAAGUUCAUGCCGAGAAAAGCCCGUUCCUAACCGAGAAGCUCAGAAUUGUGGUAUUACCAACCCUCGCUCUCGUAAAGAAUGCCAAAGUCGAGGAUUAUGUGGUAGGCUUCGAUGAUCUCGGAGGCACUGAUGGCUUCAGCACAGAAGAGCUGGAGGAGAGAUUAGCCAAGUCCCAAGUUAUUGUCUUGGACGGCGAAGGGCCUUCUCAUCCCUCGAAGUCCAGCAAAACUAAGAGAAGUAUUCGCCAGGCAGAAACGGUCGACUCAUCUGACUCGGAUUAGUCUAAAUAUGCUUGAAUGUUUUCACUAUCAAACAGAAUAUGCAAACAUUCGCAUCAGUAUCUCUUUAUCGAAGUUAUGUUCUUGUUCAACCAUUGGCGAGACCAAUUGAUUCAAAAGUUUCAUGUAUUUUCAAGUCUUAGUUAAUAUUAAAUUAUUUUAUUACUUUUUA